GAGGAGUCAAGAUAUAGGUUAAAACGUGUCAUUUGUCAGAAUAUGUGUAUUUUCACUGUUUUAUAUUUGUAACAAAUUUGUUUGAUAAUACUAGUUUGUAAAUGAAAUAAUAUAUUUUUAAAAUGUUAGCAUCUUCAACCCACAACAUGUCAAACACUAACUCUUAUUCGAGUGAUCGGGGCUCAAGUUUAGAUAACGAAUUAACUGCCGAUCCUGCAACGGGGGGCUUCUUCCAUUCGGACUUCAAGAAGCAUGAUGAUCUAAAAGAGAUGCUGGAUUCCAACAAAGAUAGCUUAAAACUGGAGGCAAUGAAGCGAAUAAUUGGGAUGGUGGCGAAAGGUCGAGAUGCUUCAGUAUUGUUUCCAGCUGUGGUAAAGAAUGUAGUAUCUAAAAACAUUGAAGUGAAGAAACUGGUGUAUGUUUAUUUGGAGAGAUAUGCAGAAGAGCAACAGGAUUUGGCUUUGCUGUCCAUAUCUACAUUUCAGAGAGCUUUAAAAGAACCAAACCAAUUAAUUCGAGCUGGUGCUCUACGAGUUCUGUCUAGUAUAAGAGUUAAAAUGAUAUCUCCUAUUGUAAUGUUGGCUAUUCGCGAUGCUUCCUCUGAUAUGUCAGCAUAUGUUAGAAAAACUGCUGCUCACGCUAUUCCCAAACUAUACAGUUUGGAUCCAGAGCUAAAAUCAGAAUUAGAAACUAUAAUUCAAAAGUUACUAGCAGAUAAAACUGUUUUAGUGAUCGGAUCAGCAGUAAUGGCUUUUACAGAAGUUUGUCCUGAAAAAGUAAACCUGAUUAAUGUGGUUUAUAGAAAACUCUGUGCCUUGAUAGUAGAUGUAGACGAAUGGGGUCAAGUUACUAUUGUUAACAUGUUAACCAGAUAUGCAAGGUCGCAAUUUUUGGAUCCAAAUAUGCAUGAAAUGGAAGAUGAAUCAGACCGUCCUUUUUAUGAUUCUAAUUCUGACGUUUCAGAAAAACCCGCUCCUUCGUUGUAUCCUGAUCAUAGGCUACUCUUAAGAUCUACUCGACCUCUUUUGCAGUCUAGAAAUGCUGCAGUUGUAAUGGCUGUGGCGCAAUUAUAUCAUCACGCUGCUCCUAAAAACGAGUUUCCACUAGCUGCAAAAGCUUUAGUUCGUCUUUUACGUUCGCAUGUCGAAGUUCAAAGUAUUGUGUUAAAUGCAAUUGCUUCUAUAAGCGCUAAGAACAAGGGCAUGUUCGAGACUUAUUUAAAGAGCUUCUUUGUGAGGACUUCAGAUCCGACCAAUGUUAAGCUUCUUAAAUUAGAAAUUUUAACAAAUCUUACAACAGAUGCUAACGUUUUAAUUAUAUUAAGGGAACUACAAACUUAUAUAUCCAAUAAUGACAAAUAUUUUGUUGCUGCCACAAUUCAAGCCAUUGGCAGGUGUGCUUGCUCUAUUUCUGAAGUUACAGAUACGUGCCUUAAUGGUCUAGUUUCUCUGUUGUCUAAUAGAGACGAGGCCGUAGUUGCGGAAAGUGUGGUCGUUAUAAAAAGAUUGUUGCAAACGCAAGCUGCUGAUCCUAAAGAAAUUAUUACCCAUAUGGCGAAGUUACUUGACAGUAUAACUGUUGCACAAGCGAGGGCUGCAAUUUUGUGGCUUUUAGGAGAACACUCCCAAAAAGUACCAAAAAUUGCUCCUGAUGUUCUUAGAAAGCUUGCAAAGUCAUUUUCGGACGAGCAUGACAUUGUAAAGCUUCAAGUUAUGAAUUUAGCAAUUAAGCUGUACAUCACCAACCCAGAGCAAACCAGUUUGCUGUGUCAGUAUAUUUUUAAUUUAGCUAGAUACGAUCAAAACUACGAUAUACGGGAUAAGGCUAGACUUUUGAAAUUCUUUAUUGCGGGACAAAGUAGCAAAUUAUCUUCUCAGGCUGCCAGGAUAUUUUUGGCUGCGAAACCUGCUCCUAUUCUGCAGUCGCAAUUUAAAGAUCAAGAAGAUUUGCAGCUUGGAUCUUUGUCUCACUAUAUAAAGCAAAGGGCGGCUGGUUAUGAACCACUGCCAGAUUUCCCAGAAGUAGCCCCACCUGGCGACAGCCGAAAUGUAGAAGAUAUUUCAGUUGGAGAACUAGAGAAACGUUCAGAGAAGAAAGGCAGAAAUGAUGUGUUUUCAUGGGAGUCUGCUUCGGAAGCUACUUCAGCAGCAGAAGGAAGUGAAAGCUCUAGCUCUUCGGGCAGCGAGUCAUCGUCUGAAGACACUGGCACUGAAGAAACAAGCAACCCGGAAAGCUCUGCUGAGGAAGAGUCAUCGGAGAACAAAAGUGCCAAUUCAAAUGAGUCUUCUUCAGAAGAAUCAGAGUCGUCUGAUGAUGAAUCUAGUUCAGCCGAAGAUGACCGAAAGCCGGCUGCAGUUACUAAUCAUGUCACCGCAACGGCCAAUGUUCAGAAAAAAACCAAUAACACAAGCGAAAAGAAAUCGAAUUUAGAUCUUUUGCUAGAUUUUUGCGAAAACGAUUCGUCGGCUGCCCCUGUUUUAACACCUUCACUAGGUGGUUUUUACACGCCAACUCCAACGGUUGCAUCAUUACCAUUAAUUCAGACGGUUCCGCCAUCAUUUACUAAUACGAAGCCAACGGAAUUGCUGAGCAAAAUAAAUGGCAGAGGACUUUCCGCCAAUUAUCGCUUUACUAGAAGUCCUCAUUUAUAUUCCCCGAGUUUGACUACCAUAAAUGUAAUGUUUACUAAUAACACUGCUGAAGUGAUCAGUGAUAUUCGUUUGGGAAAAAAGAGCUUAGCUGUGGGUAUGAGCAUGCAUGACUUUGCUUGCAUACCGCAACUGUCACCGAAUUGUUCGCUACCGGCAACAUUGGGGAUUGAUUUUAAUGAUACCACACAACCCGCGAACUUCGAAAUAGUGUCUUCCUUAGGAAACUUCUCAGUGUGCAUCAGGCCAAACGUAGGAGAGUUAUUGCGACCAGUAAAAAUGCCAUCUAGUGUAUUUGUCGAAAAGCAACUGAAACUGUGUGGAAUGAAUGAGCAUACGGGAGUAAUUCCAGAUUGCCAUAAUAUCAUUGGUCGUAUUGCAGAACUUGCAAAUCUAGGCCCUUGUGAUAACUCAGAUUCCGAAUAUCUAAGAUUUGCCGGCCUAACUAUGACGUCGUCUAGUUUAACGUUAGUCACUGUUCAAAAACGGGAUAAAACACUAUUAAGGAUCAACUGUGAAAACAUCGUUUUCGGAUCAGUGAUGCUCAAUGAGUUGCUAAAAAAUAUUGGUUCAUAGAAACAAUUUUUUUCUAAUUCUUGUGUUAUCUCAUGUUUUUAAAGUAUAUAGGUAUAUCAUCGUUGUUUUAAUAAUUUCUUUUAUAUUUAUCACAUUCCUACAUAGGUGCAUUGUUAACUAUGCUCCCGAUAAGAUUGUAUUUAUUUUUUAUGUAGUCUAAGUAAAUAAAUGAAACCAAUUUUUGCUUAUUCA